AUGGGUCUCUCUGCCCCAAAAAACAAAAUCAAACUUUCUCACGACCCUAAUAAUACAAAAUGGUCUGGCAAUACCGACAGUUUCGGCCAUCGCAUGAUGAAAUCGCAGGGCUGGACACCUGGCGAGUACCUUGGUGCGAAAGAUGCCGCGCACGCCGAAUUUCAUACCGCAGCAAAUGCGUCACAUAUUCGUGUGGUGAUUAAAGAUAACAAUUUAGGAUUGGGUGCGAAAAUAGGAAGUGGAGUAGGUCAUGGGGAAUGUACAGGUUUGGACGUCUUUCAAAAUUUACUGGGGAGAUUAAAUGGAAAGGAAGAGGCGGAGAUAGAAAAGGAACAGAAAGGGAGGGAGGAUUUGAAGAGGGCCAUUUAUGCGGAGAGAAAGUGGGGGAGUAUUAGAUUUGUGAGGGGAGGUGUGUUGGUUGGUGAUAAGAUUCAGGAUUUAAUCGAUGGAGAGAAGGAGAGAGUUAAGGCUUUGAAGAAGGGAAAGACAGCAGAGAGCAGUAGCGAUGACAGUGAUUCUAGUUCAGAUGAGGAAGAAGAGGAGAAAUCCCCGGAACCUGUUACCGAGAAGAAGAAGUCAUCGAAACGAAAGAGAGAGGAGCAGGAAGAGGAAGAGAAGACAUCCAGCAAGAAAAGUAAAAAGGACAAGAAGAGCAAGAAGAGGAAGAGUGAGGAUGAGGACGACAAAGACAAAAGCGAGUCGAAAAAGUCGAAAAAGUCCAAGAAAGAUCGCAAAUCAAAGUCGAAAUCUACUUCCGAAUCAGAAACCGAAACUCUAGACGAGGCCGCCAUAAAAGCACGCAAGAAGGAAAAGAAAGAGAAGAAACGAAGAGAAAAAGAAGCAGCGACAGCAGGCGCAGAUACUGAAGAAACAAGCUCUACCUCCAAAUCAUCCAAAAAGAAUUCCAAGAAAGAUAAACACAAAUCAUCCUCCGCAUCCGAAUCCUCCACCAAAGAAAGCACACCAACAGUCACAGAAAGUAGCGGAAGAUCAACGCCGAUGGGUAUACGUUCGAUAAGAGCUCGACAUAUUGCACAGAAAAGGAUGGCUAGUAUGGACGUGGCGAGUUUGAACCAGAUUUUCAUGAUUAAAUCGCAGACGUAA